AACAAAUGCAAAUGUGCAGUCGAUGUGUGGAAUGCGACAACAUUAUACUCGAUAAUUUCAAUUAUUGCGAGUGUUGUGGCUUAGAAACAAUUAGGCAGUUAAGAAUAAACAAGGCUCGGGCACUAUCAAACCUUUUUCCUAAAAAGCAAAAAGCUGCUUCUGCUGCUUCACAAGAUUUAUUUGAUGACUUUCAGGUUGAUAACGAAGAGUUGACGCUAAUCGAGGAUUCAUUGAUGAUUGAUGAUGCUUCUUCGGACAACAAGAAAAAACAGCUACUGUCAGUCAGCAGUGAUGAUGCUUCUUCGGACAACAAGGAAAAACAGCUGCUAUCAGUCAGCAGUGAUUUUAUUUCUUUAGAAGAAGAAGAGAAAGAAAACAUAGCAAAUGGCGGGCAGACCCCCGAAAAAACGUAA